AUGACCGAACACGAAGACUUUGCCGGCUUGGCUGGGCACUGGAACGCCUCGGACACCUCCCUGUUCAGCCCAGCCAGCAUCAUCGUCCCCGUCGUCUUCUCCCUCAUCUUCCUUCUGGGCACCGUUGGCAACAGCCUGGUGCUGGCCGUGCUGCUGCGGAACGGCCAGAUGGGGCAUAGCAGCACCAACCUGUUCAUCCUCAACCUCAGCCUGGCCGACUUCUUCUUCAUCAUCUUCUGUGUGCCGUUCCAGGCCACCAUCUACUCCCUGGAGGGCUGGGUCUUCGGCUCGCUCAUGUGCAAAGUGGUGCACUUCUUCAUCUACCUCACCAUGUAUGCCAGCAGCUUCACGCUGGCUGCCGUCUCCGUGGACAGGUAUCUGGCCAUCCGCUACCCGCUGCGUUCCCGGGAACUACGGACGCCCUGCAACGCAGUGGUGGCCAUGGCUGUGAUCUGGAGCCUCUCUGUGGUCUUCUCGGGUCCCUACCUGAGCUACUACGACCUGAUCGAAUGGGAGGCCAGCUACAUCUGCGUGCCGGGCUGGGAGGAAUGGAAGCGCAAGGUCAUGGACACCAGCACCUUCGCCUUCGGGUACAUGAUCCCCGUGCUCGUUGUCAGCCUUUCCUACACCCGGACAAUCAAAUACCUGUGGACUGCCGUGGACCCCCUGGAGGACUUGUCGGAGUCCAAGAAGGCCAAGCGCAAGGUGACCAAGAUGAUCAUCAUCGUGACCGCCCUCUUCUGCCUGUGCUGGCUGCCCUACCAUGUGGUCGUGCUGCGCUACCUCUACGGAGACUUCCCUUUCAACCAAACCACCUACGCCUUCCGGCUGCUGUCCCACUGCAUGGCCUAUGCCAACUCCUGCCUCAACCCGAUCGUCUACGCUCUGGUCUCCAAGCACUUCCGCAAGGGCUUCAAGAAGGUCUUCAGCUGCCUGCUGCAGAAGAAGGCCCAGAACAGGGUCCACGCCGCCCACGCCGCCCACACUGUGCCCGGCUUUGAGGUGGGCUCCACGGAGGUGUCUCAGAUGAAUGAGGACAACCAUGAGCAGCUGAACAGGUGUGAGCUGGACCCGAGGUCCCUCACGGUCCCAGCGGGAUCCAGCAGGCCUCCCCACACUUCUUGA